UUAAGAUUGUGAAGGAAGCAGAAAAAAUAAAUACUGCGUUCAAUAAUUAACGCACCAAAUUGUGAUUCUGCACUGAAAUUUGAAGCAGAAAUGUCUUUGUGAGUUUGCUGAAAACGUAAAAAAAUAUCACACUGCAAUCAAUUGCAACCGUUGAAACGUUGUUUUACCCCUUUUGUUUCGUGAAACAUAAAUCUAUUGCUGCCUAGAAAAAGUGUGUCGAUAUGGCAGACAAAAGCUCAUCUGGUGGCAAAAGUCCACAAACAGACGCUGCUAGUCCUACCGGAAGUAUGUCUGGAUCAGAAAGCUGGUGGGGUUCUUGGCUGGAUACGGCCAAGUCCCGCUCCGCCUCGGUGUUAGAAGCAGUGAAGAAUGAUCUUACAGAACUGACUACGGCUGUUAAGACGGAAGCAACUAGCGCAACCGAAGCGCUUGGCCGUUCGCUUAGUCUCAACGAACCAGACUCCACCGUUGGAGCGAUGACAAAAAGCUUUAGUUCUUUUCUGGGGCAGGUAACGGAGGCCUUGGUCCCGGCAUUGGAGGAAGAGGAGGAAGGAGUUGAUGUCUUGAUAACCCACGAGGGAGCGGACGAUUUGACGGGAUUCCAUCGGCAUCUGGCGGAGUUACAGUCACUAGAGACAACCUAUCUAGAGGAACCGUCGGACGAAUUGAGCGAAAAGUACAAACGUUGGAUGGAAGUGGUAGAGCAGGAACAAUUCACUGAGCCUCGGUUGGCACGACACUUGGCCAGUAGUGCGAUCUUGAACGAUCAGUACUACAUGCUCGUUCCGGGCAGAGUUGCUCAUAUGAAUUUUUGGAAAAGAUAUCUUUUCAAAAAGGCCUUGCUAGAAGAUGCUGUAGCCAACGCAGAUUUAGCCGAACGGAAGGCUAAGGCAGCGGUGAUCGGUAACGAAACUGUUGCUCCAUCGAAGGUGAUCGUACAGACGGACCAACCAAAGAGAACCGUUGAAGAAGACGUUAUUCCAGAUGACAUCACGUGGGCCGAGGUGCCGGAGUUUGAUGCCUCCAACAUGGAGCUGUCCGAGGAAGAACAAGCACGACUGCUGGAGGAAUAUGAGCAGGAAAUUAAAGAACGCGAAAAGGCGCUCGCUGCUGGCCAGAUCGAUCUGGAUGCUGAUGAAGCCUUGCUUGUUCAGCCGGAAAGGUCUCCACAGAAAAAGCAAAACACGACCGCUCUCACUAGUAAACUGGGCGGAAGCUCAACCACAACGAAGAAAACCCAAUCGCAACCACAAAGUGCUAAGAGUAGAAAUAACAACCAAAAAAUUCAUAAUCUGGGA